AUGCUAAAGAAAGAAGCCGGUUAUGAUGAUACCAAUCACAAGUUUGAUAAACUUAAAAAUAAUGAUACAGAUUUUGUUGAUGAUGAUGAGAAUGAAAAGCCCCAAGUAGUUGUUUUGCAAGCUGGUGAUUUGACUGCAGAAGAAGUUGAAGUUGAGAAUCAAAAAUUGGAGAAAGAAAAAAAUGAGACUAAAGCAGACCUUAACCAAAGGAUG